UAUCGUCUCUGCUCGAGAAUUUCUUGUGGACACGUUGAUCUCGUCAGUGCACGUCAGUGCACCGGUGACAAAUAAUCAGUAAAUCAUUAUCAAAGCUUCAAUCACCCAAAAAAUUCACCUUGACUAUCCGACAUCCCCAUAGGGAUUCCACAACUCCAGGGAAGUGAUGCAAAAAUCAUAAAUAAGCCCCAGGUAAAUAAAAAAAAAAGCACAACAAUUACCAAUUGUCCACAACAAUGGGUAGAGAAAACGUGGAACUCUCUUCAUCUCCCUCGAAACACACAAUUUGGAUAAAAAUUGCUGUAGCAGCAAUUAUCUUGAUUAUCUUCCUGAAUUUGCCACUGAUCUGUGAGUCUCAAGGACACCAUCACCACGAGGGGCAUCAUCAUCACGAUGAUCACGAUCAUCACGAUCAUCCCCACGAGCCAGCGAGUUUCAAGUACUCCAGACAAGCAAAUGAUCCAUCAAUUAAAAAUCCCCACGAAAAUCAUCACCACGACCACGAGUUCAUCAAGAAGUCAGAGCAGAUGAGACCUGGGGAAGAGGGAAGUGUGAUGUUGAAGGCCAUGGGAUCGACCCUCUUGAUAUCAGCAGCUCCAUUUGUCCUUCUGUUCUUCGUUCCCCUGGACAACACCAAGGAACGCCAGCCCCUCCUGAAGAUACUCCUGAGUUUUGCCUCUGGUGGACUCCUAGGGGAUGCCUUUCUCCACCUCAUACCCCAUGCCCUUGUGCCCCACUCCCAUGGACACGAUGAUCACCAUCACGAUCAUCACGACCAUCACAAAGGAGAGCAUCAUCAUCAUCACGAUAUGACUGUUGGUCUCUGCGUUCUCCUGGGUAUCGUCGUCUUCCUCGUCGUGGAGAAGGCUAUCAGACUGAUGAAAGGCGAUCAUGGACACUCCCAUUCCCAUUCCAAGGCGGAGGGCAAGGGGAAGGAUGUCAAGGCCAAGGAACAACCUGGAGAAAUUAAAAUCGCUGGUUAUCUCAAUCUUGCUGCUGAUUUCCUUCACAAUUUUACUGAUGGUCUUGCCAUUGGGGCUAGUUAUCUUGCUGGGGAGAGCAUCGGCUACAUCACGACUGUUACUAUUCUUCUUCAUGAGGUACCACAUGAAAUCGGUGAUUUCGCCAUUUUAAUUCAGAGCGGCUGCAGCAAACGAAAGGCAAUGCUGUUGCAAUUGACAACAGCUGUUGGUGCUCUAUGUGGUACCUAUGUUUCGCUUCUUGCUGAGGGAAUGGGUGAUUUGGCGACAGCUUGGAUCCUCCCAUUCACAGCUGGAGGUUUCAUCUACAUAGCGACAGUGUCCGUAAUUCCAGAGCUCCUGACAGACACAAAAUUCUGGCAAUCAGUCAAAGAAAUAAUUGCUCUGCUCCUCGGGGUGUACAUGAUGGUGUUAAUUGCUGAGUACGAGUGAUAUUAUUUGGAGUGAGAGGAAUAAU